AUGGCUUCAAACGAGAAUACUGCCCAGGUGACUGGCAUUGCCGACGGCCUCGCGCCGUCGCACACAUAUGUGCCAAACGAAGGCUACGUGAACAUCGACAAUGCAGACUCCGCCGAGGCGGGGCAGGAUCUGCCCGAUGAGCAGGAAGACGAGGACGAGUACUACGACGACAUUUUCGACGAGGAGUUGGAUCGCGAAGAUAUUCUGUCAUCCGAUAACGCCGAUCUUACCAAAGCCUACAACCGCCAACGCAGAAUCAACGAUCUCGCUGGCGACUCCAAUGUCCCAAGAUGGACAUACCCUAAGACGAACACCCAGAAGCCUACCGUGAAUACAUCUGCGUUCAUCGAUGACCAGGUCAAGUCUCUUACUCGUCAUGCCGCAAAGAUCAAGCUGGAUGAUCAACAGGCUGGUAUUUCAGGCCGGACUGACAAGGGCGGAGACAAGGCAGACCGUGCCACAUCUGAACAAGUGCUGGAUCCCCGUACACGGAUGCUCCUGCUUCAGAUGAUUAAUCGAGGUCUUGUCUCGGAGAUCCACGGAUGUUUGUCUACCGGAAAGGAAGCCAACGUCUACCAUGCCAUGUCCAUCUCGCAGGAAGACGAAGAUGCUGCCCCACUACACCGUGCGAUCAAGGUCUACAAGACCAGUAUCUUGGUCUUCAAGGAUCGCGAUAAGUACGUGACCGGAGAAUUCCGGUUCCGUCAGGGAUACAACAAGAGCAACAACCGUGCUAUGGUCAAACUCUGGGCCGAGAAGGAGAUGCGAAACUUGCGAAGAAUUCACGCCGCCGGCAUUCCCUGCCCUGAGCCAAUCUACCUUCGUCUGCACGUCCUUGUCAUGGGCUUCAUUGGUAACUCCAAGGGUCUGGGUGCACCACGUCUUAAGGAUGUUGACUUCAAUAUUCCCGAGCCCGAGACUCGCUGGCGCUCACUGUACAUGGAAUUAUUGGGAUAUAUGCGCAUUAUGUACCAGACUUGUCGUCUGGUGCACGCUGAUCUGAGCGAGUACAACAUUCUAUACCAUAAGGAACGCCUCUAUAUCAUUGAUGUCAGUCAAAGUGUUGAGCAUGACCAUCCCCGCAGUCUGGAAUUCCUGCGCAUGGAUAUCAAGAACGUCAGCGAUUUCUUCCGCCGCAAGAAUGUCAUGACUCUUCCUGAACGCACUGUCUACCAAUUCAUUAUUUCUCCUGAGGGCCCGACUGAUGUGACCGCUGGAAAUGAGGAGAUGACCAAUGCCAUCGAAAAGCUCCUCGUUGCCCGCGAGGAAGGUGACGAAGCCCAGCAAGAAGCCGAAGAUGUCGACACCGCUGUGUUCCGUCAACAAUAUAUUCCUCAGACACUCGAGCAGGUGUAUGAUGUUGAGCGUGACGCUGAACGCAUCCGUGAUGGCCAAGGUGCUGACCUGGUUUACGGAGACCUUUUGGCUGCUGGCAAGAAGAAGACUACUGCCCACGAUAUCGUUGAGGACGAUGCCGAGUCUGAUGCAAGCGGUGGUGUCUCCGUUUCAGGGUCUGAUUUGGAAGAUGAUGAAGAGAAAGAUCCCUUCGCACCGAAGCCACCACGUGGUAAGCGCUUUGAAGACAAAGACAUCAAGCGCGACCACAAGGCGAAGGUGAAAGAGGAGAAGCGUGAGCAGCGGGCGAACAAAAUGCCGAAACACAUGAAGAAGAAACUUGUUUCUUCAUCUUCCAGAAAGAAGAAAUAG